GUUAGAGACAUUGACGUAAUACAGUACGUAUGCGAUUCAUCUAACGAAUUCCCGAUCGAUCGUCCGUUGGUUCACUUUCCUCCGUGUUGUGUCUGUCUGUCUGUCUGUCUGUCGCUGUUCGUCACUUGUCUGUCUGUCAGUCCAUGGACGCUGGCCACUGGGUCUCUGUCUGUCUGUCGGGCACUCCUUCGAAGGCUCACGUGUCGAGCUGGCUCUUGGGUGAGAAGAGGUGCAGCAGAAACAGGCAGUAGAGGUGGAGGAAAGCGACGUACACAUAAAACACCAGCCGGAUGGGCGGACUCACGAACAACAGACGCGUGAACGACCUGCACUCACACACCCCCAUGCGCACCGACGACAUCACAUGCACAGCAUACCACUCACGCGCUGUGGCAGCCACACGCACCUGAGAGGCUGGUCCACCUUGUGGACGAACUUCAUGACCGUCUCGGCCUCCUCCCCCUCUGGUGCCGCGCCAGCCCCGGCCGUGCCCCGCGCCCGGAUGUUCUCACCUGCACCACACACAUAGACGUUCACACAGGUGUGUGGCUGUGAGGGGGUUGUGUGGAUGAUGCCCACCUCUUUCCAUAUCUGAGUCGGCGGCCAUGUCCUGCCGAAGCUGCUGCAGCUCAUACCUCUGGGUCGUCCGCUCACACACCAGAGUCUGCACACCGCAACACGCCUUGCAAUGAUGCUCACAUCUCCCUCCCACCCUCCCCACGCACCUCUAUUCGCUUGUCCUUCUCGUCGAUGCGUCGCUUCAAGUAGUUGAUCUCCUCCCUGUACCGCCUCUCCGCCUCCUCCAUGACCUGGGAGGGCACCUGGGCCGCGUGUGGUUGGCGCUGGGCUGUGUCCGCCGUGGUCUGCUCGGAGAGCCGCCUGACGCGCUCCUGGAGCUUGGCGUUGUCAUCCUUGAGGUGGGCCACUUCCUGCCGAUACAUGUCGUUCUCCUUUUUGAAAAGGUCGCUGAUGUAGCGCGCCUCGGACAGCUCCUGCUCUGUUGUCCUGACAAAACAAACGCACCAGUGCAUGCAAUGCCCACACAGAGAGAGAGAUGGACACACUGUGCUCUGUCUGUGUUGGGGUGCGGGUCGGGUGGAGUGGGUGGGUGGCUGACUUGACUUACUUGAGUCGGUCUUGGAGUGAGAGCAGCUGCCGGUGUGAGCUGUCUUGUUCGCUGACCGACUGUUUCCUGCUGCUGGCCAUGUCGUCGAACCGGCGCUGGACGGCUGUCAACUCACCCCCAAUCUGACACCCACCCACCAUGCAGGAAGCACGCAGGCAGACAGAAAGAAAUCGGUGCAAUGCGGUGCGGUUCUCAGCUUCUCAGCCAGACCACACCGACCUCUCCGUAUGCCUGCUGGAGGUCGUCGAAUUGCGCCUGCAGCUCAGCGCAUCUGUCGAGGGCGGCCUGUUUCUCCUGCUCUUGUUUGCUGAGGUCGGCGCGGAGGCUGGCCUCCGUCUCGACCACGUCGGACUGCAGCUGGUCGAAGCUGGAGAGAUGCUGCCGCAGAUGCUCCAGCUCCACCCGAUGCCGCUCGCGGUAACGCUCCAUCUCGGCGCUGUGUUCGCUCUCACUCUGACCACCGCCACCACAACACAAUACACAACACACAACACACAACACACAUGGCGGGGAUGCGUGUGCGUGUGCGUGGGGUGUGCGGCACGAACCUGUUCGUAUGCCUGCUGCUUCUCCUGGAUAAGCCCUUGGAGGCUGUCUACCUCUCGUCGUGACAUCAACAGGUCCGCCUGCAAAGACUUGACCUGACACCAGACCAGAGAUCAGACACACAAUCCGGCAACCAACCAAGCCCGUCGAGCAUACUGCAUGUGCACGGACGUCCGUACCUGGUUGUUGGCCUGGUUGAGCUCCUUCCUGUACUGGUCGAUCUGUCCGUCCUUGCCCAUUAGCAGCGAGUGCAGCUCCUGCUCGAUCUCUGUCUUGACCUGCUCGGUCUCCGCCUCGUGCACCGCCUGCAGUCCAUCCAUCCAUCCAUCCAAGUGGAAGGCCACAUCUGUUCUCCCCCCAUCUGACCUGUGUCUCCUUCUUGAACUCGAGCAUCUCCUUCUCGGCCUGCUUGCGCUGCGCUCGACACGACUCCUCUGCCGCCUCGGCACGCUGAACCGCCGACGCGAGUUGCUGACGGACGGCGUCCAUCUCACCCCUGCACACACACACACACACACACAACACACGUGCGGAUGGUUGGCUCAUGCGUGUGUGGGUCCGUGUGGUUGGCUUGGGGCCUUUGUCGUACGUGAGCUGCUGGUUGCCAUUCUUCUCUUGCUGCCAGAGGCGUCGCAACUCGGCGUUGUCCUCUGAGGUCGUGUUGAGCUCACGGUAGGCCUCCUGCACGACACACGACACACACAGACACAUGCCAAGAUAAUGAUGGCAUUGCAAUGUUAUGGGAAUACCUGGAGCUUGGCCUCCAUGGCACUCUGGUUGUCGCCCAUUUGGUCCCUCUGCCGCAAUGCCUCCUCAGAUUGGUGUGUGAGCUCCUCGAUGCGCCUCUGGUGGGCGUCGAGGCCCUCCUGCAGCGACAUGGCCUUCGCCUGAGCAGCGGCCAGCUUGGCCGAGCCAGCGGCCACCUCUCCGUCGAGCUGUGACUGGAUUUCCUGCACGCGAGAGGCAUGCUCGGCGGUGAGAGAAUCCUGGGCCGCCUGCCAACGAGAUAAAGACACAGAGAAACAUCGAGCGGUGUGUUUGGUGUGUUUGGAGUCUCUUCUCUCUCUCUCUCUCUCUCUCUCUCUCCCAACCAACCGCCCAUCCACCGACCUGCAUGGCCUGCAUGUCCGACGCAGACUUGGCCUCCAGGUCGGCAAGCUGCUUGGCCAGCGUCUCGUUGAGCGCCUCCUUGUCGUGUUUCUCCGCCUGCAGCCGCUCUAUCUGCUGCUGGUAGCUGCAGUUCUCCCGCCUGAGGCCCUCCAGCAGCCGCCACAGCUGUCGCACGUCCGCCCCCUCCUUGCCAGGCGACGAUGGCGCAUCGGCGGGUGCGCGAGGGUGGUCUUCGGAUGUCUGUGUCUCCAUAGCAACCUGACACACAUACACACACUCACAAGUGGACUGACGGAUGGUCAAUGAGAGGAGUGAGGCCUCACCCUGGCGGAUGGCGAGGUCAGCACGGCGGCGUCCGUGCCCACAAAAGCAGAUGUAGCAGUUGGUGGAGGGAGGGAGGUCUCGGCCGUGGUCGACGCGCUCGGCUGGGCCGGCUCAUCCGGACGGAUCAAUGCAUCGGGUGAAUGCUCCUGCUGCUCCUGCUGCUCCUGCUGCUGCUGAUGCUGCUGAUGCUGCUUCUGCUGAUGCUGCUGCUCGCGCGGCUCCUCGAGUGCUGGUAAUGGCUCGUCUGGCACACCCUCUGCCAAUGGGGUGAGAGAUGCAGCCUGGUGCUGCUGCUGCUGGAGCUGGGGCUCGGUCGACUCCACUGCAUCUAUUGGCAGCUGAACAUUGGCCGACUCGACAGCUCUCGGUGACAGCCCGCCGCUCUCACCCACGUCGAUCAGCGGUGCCUCAUCGUGGCUGGGCAGCAGCUGCUCCGCACCCUCAUCGCCGGCUUGCGGUGUUGCGAGGUCAUCAAUCGACAGGUCCUCCACCCCCCAUCCUUCAGAAGCCGCCUGCAAUGCCCGCGGCGAGUCCUCCAUGGCACUCCUCGCACUGAGCUCUCGCUCUUGUGUGGUCGUCUCGGGGGCUGGUGGGGAUAGGCCAUCGGUGUCGCGAGAGACCACCUCAGGCGACAGCGGGGGCGAGGGCAAGGGCGGCUGGCCGUGGCCUUCAGGUGCCGACUCGCUGGACAGCGGCAAUGGCACGUCCAUAUCCACGUCAGCCAUCAUCUCUGUGGGAGGCUGGAGCUUCACGACCGUCCGUGUGAUGUGGCUGCCGUCUGCACAUGAAGACGAGCUGUUCAUGUCCUCCCCUGCGUCAGCGGGUGGCGUCGAGUCCAGCGCAGCAGAGGCCGGUGCAGAGUGGGCCGCCGCGUUGAGGGCGUUGAGGCUGACAGGCGUGGGCGACACACACGGGGAUGCGAUCCUGUGGGCCUCGUCGCUCUCGUUGCUGUUGGUGGCUUCGAUCUCCUCACUGUUCUCCGUCGUCACGGAGGGGGAGGGCAGCGCUGCAGCCGGCUCGUGUGGUGGGGAGGCGUGUGGCGGCUGGCGAGAGCGGUCGGUGUCCUGGCUGCCCAGCGGGCCGCCCGCCUCGCUCGACACUUCCCGGGAAGACUCGGUGAAGACCUGCGAUGAUGGGAGGGGCGGGGAGGAGGUGCCGAAACGGGGAGAGGCGGCUGAUGGACCAGCAGGCAUCACCUAAGUGAAUUGAUGAAGGCACACUGUCGAUCGAGAUGGUGUACCAUCAGUGUGUCUAUCGGUUCUUUCCCACCUCACUCACCACGGCAGCAGGCUGCCUCUGCGGUCCGUCGCUGGCCGGCAGCGCCCUGUCGCCCUCACCCAGCCCGUUCUCCACACCUCCUCCCCCCUCCACAGCCACAGGAGCAGCCACAAUCUCGCCACCGCCACCGCCACCACCAUCGGCACCACUGCCCGCAUCGAUCGCCUCAGUCGAGUGCCGCAUCACCGGGCUGGUCGUCGCCCUCUCCCGCUUCUCACACGGCGACGAGCGGUUGGAUCCCGUUUUGCCCACGAGGAGGAAACUCCCGGACAUGGCCCCUCCCUCAGACGGGAGCAGAGAGAACGCCGAUGACGGAUGCGACGAUGAAGACGAGACAUUCGAGUGGGACGGCGACAGCCUCUGUGCCGCAGCGACGGUGGGGGCGGGCAGUGAGGGUGGUGCCGACUCCACUGGUCGGACUGAUGGCUCUGGGGCGGCAGAUGCGGCCAGUGGUGGUUUGCCGCUCUCAACAGCGGAAACAGGGCGGUCCACACGAACAGGCUGGUCCGGGCGAGACGCUUGUGGCGGCAGCGGCAGGCGAGGCCGCUUCGGUGCCUCCUUGCCCGUGUCCGCCAACCCAAACGACUCAAAGAAAUCCACCUGCUGCUUCAUCCCAGCACCAGGUUGUUGAGUGCCGCCAUCUUUGCCGGGGUGGGUGGAUGGGGCCGUGGGUGAUGGGGAGGUCUUGGCGCCCUUCUUUGUCAUGGGGGUGGCCGAUGCCGACUGCGGCGAGUCAGUGGUCAUGAGCUCGGAGUGCAGGUGCGCGACGGCUCCCUUGAAGAAGCUCACGGCUGACGUCAUGCCCUCGCCGGCACGGGAUGAGGCACCCGCAAACAGGUCACUCACGCCUAACAGACAGACAGGCAGGCAGGCAGACAGAGAGAUCGACACUCGCAGGCAGGCAGCACUGAGAUGGCUACUGGUAGUACCGGCUUUGAGUGCCGCUGCAGAUCGUGCUCCACUGGUCGGCUGCUGCUGCUGCUGCUGAGUAGUGCCCCAGCCCGGCGCAACACCGCUGCGCGGCGAAUCCUCCGGGACGUCGUCAUCGUCUGCAACACACAGACCAGCGGGUGGGCAGAUACACAAGUGCCGAGACUUCCUGGAUGUCAGCACACCUUUGUGACGUGUUUCCCUAUCCAGCAAGGAGCCGUCGUCCACUUUGUCCAACAACGUCUCGAUCGACUUCAGGAAGUGCAUACCGCACCGUGCUGUAUGGAGUCAGAUUCAACAACACUGACGGCAGAGAUCCUUCCCUCCCUGGCC